UCACGACUGGCUGGUUGCCGCUGCUGCCGCUUCGCCUACGUCGAAUCAACGCCCAGCUCCGCCUGCACCCGGUCGAAUCAGCAUAUCCAUGCUCUCUGUAUGCAUGCCCCCUGCAGCGGGCCUCUUUCCCUGAAAUGCUACUGUACCAGCAGGUCACUUUUUCUCCUUUCUUCCUUUCGCCAUGCCUCUUUCCCGGAAACACUGUUGUACCACAGUACCAUUUUUUUUUGUGGAGAAAACCACAGUACCAUUCACCAGCCCACCAGCCCACUCUGAUCCUGCUCAACACGCCACCGCCCAUUCAUUGCACCCCCUCUCCAUGCUCCCUUUGAUUAAUUGAAGAGCGACCUACUCCGCCCACUUCCCUCCAAUUCAUCUCUUCGCUUGCUUUUUUCUCUGUUCCCACUUCGCCCUGUCGCUUCUUGGCCUGAUCCUCUUCCGACUUCACAUCUUUUGCCUAACUCGCUCCUAUGAAUCACGUCGUCCUCUCCAAGCUCACAUGGAAGGACAAAGCUCCUGUCCUCAAAUUGCCCCUCCUCCAUACAUGGAUGGCUGCCAGCCCCUCCCGGCCCCAUGGAUUCUCCGAAUACGCGACGAUUUUGACAGAUUAAUUGGUUAUUGUAGCCACCAAACAAUGGAGGAAAUGGCUUUGUUGGCUUACAAUCGGGGUCUUAAGCUCUCUUCAAUACCAUAUCAGAAAGGUGGUGGUCAAUGAUGUUGAAAUAGUUGCCGGAA